AUGACAUCGACCCUCUCCUUCUUCUCGCGGCGGGUCCAUCAGCUCCCGAUGGUCCCAAUCCCACACAGCAACAAACACUACAACCUCCCCAGCUUCCUCGAAUACGCGCGCCGCCACAACCUGCCCCCAACCUCAACGACAUAUCUCGGCAACCUAUACGAAUACACAGCGCAAGCACAGCUCCGCAACGGAGCCGCGCUCCUGCUGCACCGCACCGGCGGCCGUGAUGACAAAGGCAUGGACCUGCUGGGCACCUGGCACCUACCGGGCCACGAGCUGCCAAUCCACGUCGCGAUGCAGUGCAAGGCGCACCGGCGCCGGCUGGGGCCGCAGCACAUUCGCGAGCUGGAGGGCACGAUCUCACGCCGCAUGCCGCAGCACUGGCGCUCCGACGGUCGGCCGCGCGUCGGCGUGCUCGUCGGCCGCGCAGAGGCCACCCCGGGCGUGCGCUCCGCCCUCCGCGACAGCCCCGUGCCCCUCGUCUACUUCAUGAUGGACCUGCGCGGCUCCCUGCGCCAGGCACUCUGGAACGAGGCCGUCGAAGGCCUCGGCCUUACCCCGCUCGGUGUCGAGGUCAUACACGCCACAACCGCUGAUGAGGAAGGCCCCCCGCCUAUUCGUUUGACCUGGGAUGGACAUGACUUGUACGGCAUGGACUACAUCGAGGCCCAUAUGGCUCGCCAGGAGGAGAAGUGGUGGCGUCUCUGGAAUCUCCACCCCAACGACCAGGAGACCCGCUACGAGGCCCUCGCCGUCAUCCAGAGUCGGUUCCCCGAUGAGAAACCCCUUCUCUGGGCUAAGGGCGGGACCCCUAGUCUUAUGUGCGAGAAGGACCGGCUGGGUUUGCUGCGCGAGUUGGCGCUGAUGGGGUAUAGUGAGGGCCCGCUAGGGGAGGGAGAGUCGGCGGCAGUCACAGACGCUACGUGA